UGUCAGAAUUCCCUAUGGCAAACAACUUUGUUUAGGGUGUAUUUUUAGUCUUUCUCAAUUUUUUUUCCGGCGUAAGUAUAUAUUAUAAGUUUUAAGUUGAGAAAGAUAAUCAAAUCGUAUAUGAAUAUAUCUUUCCAACCACAUCAAAGCUAGUAGAGCUUUAAAUAAAAACAUGUCGUCUAGGAAAUGGACAGUCAAAAAAUAGGAAUCAGUUUAUCAAAAGGAAGUUACUAAGAAAUGAAUUGGUUCAAGACGUUAAUUAAAUUUCAAGACCAUAACAUUUAUUGAGAGUUGAUGUUGCACUGGAUCAUAUCACACUCGAAAGCUCGCUUAAGGAAUGACAAACAAAAAUGAAACAACCAUUGAAACAUACAACAUUUGUAAACGUACCUGAGGAUUUUCUACAAGAAUUAUUCGAAUACUGUUGUUAUUCAAUGGAGGAAAACUUACGUGCGAACAUUAGUAGCAAUGAAACCUCUUUAUUUUGUGAAAGGUUUAAUUCAAUCUGCCAGGAUGCGGAGAUUGAAGAAGAUGGUAACUUCAUGCUGACUGCUCAAAUACUUAUGUUGACACUGUCUAUUGCAGCAUUUUUACUAAACUCGUCUGUUAUAAUAUACUUCAAAAUGUUUAAACACAAAAAACAACUUUCAGCGGAUAUUCUGUUUAGUUUUUCCUGUGCUGAUGCUAUUUUUGCCUUUAUAUUUGCUUUAUCAUUGGCAAUACAAUUGGCUGCAACAAGAACAGAAAAAAAAACUCUGAAAUAUUUUGAAUUAGUUACUGAUCAGAUCGUACAGUUUUCAAUUUAUGCAUCUGUUUUCCAUGUUUUGGCAAUUACCAUAGAAAGAUAUUGUGCUGUAAUAAUACCUUACAAAUACGCACAUUAUGUGAAAACAAAUGGAAGAAAGCGAUGCAUUCCUAUAAUAUGGAUUCUCACAUUAUCACUGCAGGGAAUUAUGGCAAUAGUUGAACAUGUCGGCCAGUCUCACAAAAAACAUAAACAAGAGAUCAUUGUAGAAAAAACAUGGGCUAUUAUUGUUCUUGUUUGCGGGUUUACAUGCUUUGUAGUUUAUUCGUUCAUAUUUAUUUUCCUGGUACGCGCUUGGAAUAUUACAAGUAAAUUAAAGUCACGUUGUCGUGGUAGAAAAGAGAGAGCAGCUGUCAUUACAGCUGUUUCAAUGGCACUUGGAUUUUUAAUAUUCACUUUUCCACUCGCAGUUUCUAUGUUUCGUGAAAGUUCAUAUUCAGUUGCCGUUGCUGUUCGUUGUUUGUUUAUUACUAAUGCCAUCUUUAACCCUGUUGUGUAUUUUUGGAAAGGGGAAUGGACCAAGCGUUAUUCACAAAACAGGAAAGCAUGCAAAGCAUCACAUGAUACAAUACGAUCAAAGAAAAACUCCGAAAGCUUACUUGGCGCUGCAAACACAAACGUUUAGUGCUCCAACACCGCACCCGUGUUCUUCUAUUUAGUGUAAUUGAAAGCAUACCCCCCUCUUCGCACUUUUUCUAAUACGCGAAUACAUAAUUAAACUGGCAGUUUUUUGGUAUUAUCGUUAAUUAAUCAGAUUUGCCGAGAACAUUUUUGUGUUUAAUUGUGAUUGUUCGUCUAUUUAAAACGAUCAUUUAUUUUAAUGAUAAAUAUUAGGGUUUUUGCUUAAUUUAAUGGAAACUUAAAAAAAUAUAUAACAUCAUAAUUUCAAUUUUUGCGUUUUAAAGAAUGCUUUAACCCCUUCUGUUUGACUUUACUUGUUUGAUUGUUUCUUGAUUGUUCAUCCAAAGUACCUAAUAUGGGGGUAGUGUUGCUAAUAUGUCGUGGAUAAAAGUAUUUAUUGUUUUUAUUGAACGUUCCAGUUUUUCUAUUUAUUUUUUAAACAGUUUACAUUCGCAUUUAAAUUAACAUUUAUCGCACAUUUAUUGUUUCCACUUGAAUAAAGUAAAGCUCAAAAAUUUAUUAAAAGCGUUAUUUUAGAGAUUUUUUCUUAUGUACGCAUUUGCGUCUUAAAAUUCCAGCUAAUACGUCAAUGGUGAUAAUAUUAGUGGAAUAUACCCCCCCUCCCCCUAAGACGCUGUGUAAUUAUUGAAUGGUCCCAUAUAAAAUACUUGAAAUAUUUUGAAAAUUAUACAUCGAUUUCUUCUAGAUACUUGUACAUCAUAUUUAAAAAAGAAUUUUCAUAGCUAUUAAUUU